AGGCAGAGACCGCCGCCAGUCUGAGGCAGGUGCCCGACAUGGCGAGUGCUGUGCUGCCGAGCGGAUCCCAGUGUGCGGCGACAGCGGCUGUGGCGGCGGCGGCAGCGCCUCCCGGGCUCCGGCUCCGGCUCCUGCUGUUGCUCCUCUCGGCCGCGGCACUGAUCCCCACAGGUGAUGGACAGAAUCUGUUUACUAAAGACGUGACAGUGGUCGAGGGAGAAGUCGCAACCAUCAGCUGCCAAGUCAAUAAGAGCGACGACUCUGUGAUUCAGCUGCUGAAUCCCAACAGGCAGACCAUUUACUUCAAGGACUUCAGGCCUUUGAAGGACAGCAGGUUUCAGCUGCUGAAUUUUUCCAGCAGUGAACUCAAAGUGUCACUGACAAACGUCUCAAUUUCGGAUGAAGGGAGAUACUUCUGCCAACUCUACACCGACCCCCCACAGGAGAGCUACACCACCAUCACAGUGUUGGUCCCUCCGCGUAACCUGAUGAUCGAUAUCCAGAAGGACACUGCAGUUGAAGGGGAGGAGAUUGAAGUCAACUGCACCGCCAUGGCCAGCAAGCCAGCCACCACCAUCAGAUGGUUCAAAGGGAACAAGGAGCUCAAAGGCAAAUCGGAGGUGGAAGAGUGGUCGGACAUGUACACUGUGACCAGUCAGCUGAUGCUGACAGUGCACAAGGAGGAUGAUGGGGUCCCAGUGAUCUGUCAGGUGGAGCACCCUGCGGUCACUGGAAACCUGCAGACCCAGCGGUAUCUGGAAGUGCAGUAUAAGCCGCAAGUGCAUAUCCAGAUGACUUACCCUCUACAAGGCCUAACCCGGGAAGGGGAUGCGCUUGAGUUAACAUGUGAAGCCAUCGGGAAGCCCCAGCCCGUGAUGGUAACUUGGGUGAGAGUCGAUGACGAAAUGCCUCAACACGCCGUACUGUCCGGGCCAAACCUGUUCAUCAAUAACCUAAACAAAACAGACAAUGGUACUUACCGUUGUGAGGCUUCUAACACAGUGGGGAAAGCUCAUUCGGACUACAUGCUGUAUGUAUACGAUCCCCCCACAACUAUCCCUCCUCCCACAACAACCACCACCACCACCACCACCACCACCAUCCUUACCAUCAUCACAGACACCACGGCGACGACAGAACCAGCAGUUCACGACUCUCGAGCAGGUGAAGAGGGCGCCAUUGGUGCGGUGGACCACGCAGUGAUUGGCGGUGUUGUGGCUGUGGUCGUGUUUGCCAUGCUUUGCUUGCUCAUCAUUCUGGGCCGCUAUUUUGCCAGACAUAAAGGUACAUACUUCACUCAUGAAGCCAAAGGAGCCGAUGACGCAGCAGACGCAGACACAGCUAUAAUCAAUGCAGAAGGAGGACAGAACAACUCCGAAGAAAAGAAAGAGUACUUCAUCUAGAUCAGCCUUUUUGUUCCAAUGAGGUGUCCAACUGGCCCUGUUUAGAUGAUAAAGAGACAGUGAUACUGGAACUUGCGAGACGCUCGUGUGUUUUUUAUGAGUGGGUGGAAAGAUGCGAGACUGGGAAGGCUUGUGGUUUGCUAUGUAAAAACAAAAAGAAAAAAAUGUUCUUUGAAAAGUACGAUCUGCUGUUUGACACCUCUUUUUAUCUGGUUUUAAUUUGGUUUGGGUUUUGGUUUUUUUGUUUUUUUUUUUUUUAAUUUUUCUUUCUUCCUACCAAGUCAAACUUGGGUUUCGGUAGAUUGCAGAAAAUUCUGUGCCUUGUUUUUUCAUUUUUUUGUGUGUGUUUCUUUCCCCUUCUCCUUUGUAUGCAUUUAUUUUUCCCAAAAUCAAUUUUUCCCCUCCCUAAACCUCCCCUUUUUUGGAAUUGACCUGCUGGGAUUCCUAAGACUUUUCCCCCAUUGUUGCCGUUUCUGCUUUCUUUUGUUUUUGUGUUGACGGUGACUGCUUUCUGUUCCAAAUUCAGUUGCAUAAAAGGAAAACCAGCACGGUUUAGAUUUCAUAGUUCAGAAUUUAGUGUCUCCAUGAUGCAUCCUUCUCUGUUGUCGUAAAGACUUGGGUGAAAAAAAAAAAGAAAAAAAAGAAAAAAAACAAUGAAAACUCUUUGCUGCUGCCCAUGUUUCAAUACUUAGAGCAGCGAAGACUAGAAAAGUAGACUGUGACUCAGAAACUGUGGUUUGCUGUGGAUCUCUUCAUUACUGUACAGGGUUACCUGCAAGUGAGGUGUGUCGCAAUGAGAUUGACUCUGUCUUUACUGUAUCUGUAGGCGGCUCAGUAUAGAUUGCCCCACGCUGUGCAGAAAGGUUUGGGGUGGAAAGUAUCCUCCUUUCUCAUUGCCCUAAACAGACCCAACAGGUGAGGUCUGUCCAUUUGAUGUCAGUGGACAAAUUUGAGUUGCCCCAGGAGGGGAAGCAGGAAGGGGAUAAGGCGGUCAGUCCUGCUCUGGUUGUUUCUAUUCCAAACAAUCCAUUCACCUUUCCCAAUUGGCCUUACUGCUCACUGACGUGCAGGAGAGAGCAAGUCCGUGUAUUGUGUGAAUGAAUGAAGGGGCAGGUUUUUGUUGGGUUUUUUUUUUUUUUUUUUUUUGCUUUUGUUUUUAUUUUUUCUUUCCUUUGUGCUUACUUAGGAGGGCAGUAGGAUGUGGCCUGCAUGUACUGUAUAUUACAGACACUGUCCUGCUGGGACGCUUGUCCUGCUGGGAUUUCCAACCCCAAUCCCUAAGCAGCUCUCAUUCCUUCAGAUUUGGCUUGACAAAGGCAGGAGGUACAAAAGAAGGGCUGGUAUUGUUCUCGAAAGGUCAGAGCCGAGGUGGAAAAGCAGCAUGUAGAGAAUUUCAGUUACUUAAUCAAAACUCAGAUGUGAGUGUUUUUAUCUAUCUACCUUUCAUACACUAGCCUUGGCCUCUUUCCUCAGCCUUAAGAACCAUCUGCCAAAAGCUCCUCAUCUCGCAUGAUGGCAGCCAUAGCGCACAGCUACUGAAAUAAGUUACCUUGAACAUAUCCUAGACUGGAGCCUAGAGGAAGGUAGAGGAGGCCUUACCAUUUGCAGUCUUUAAAGCUAAGGCGGGGUUUGUCACUGAAGUGUUGAGGGAAUCCAGAAGUAGUUCUGAAGGACGAAAACCUAAGCUCUUUCCCUACGUGUUGGUAGGCUCCAGACUCCAAAUAACAGUCCCUAUGGAAAGGUGGCAUCAGAAAAGAUAGAGCUAUCUAUAUAUAUAGAUAUAUAAAUAUAUAUUAUAUAACAUUUUCAGUCAGUACUUUUGGAUUUUGCAAGGUGCAUUUUUACUAUUGUUACAUUAUGUGGAAAACUUACGCUGAUUUAUUUAAGGGGAAAAAGUGUCGACUCUGUUAUUUGAAAACGUAUUUCUUUUUCUUGUCUUUAUUUUCACUUCUGAUAGAACCAUUGCAAUAUGGGGGCCUUUUGGGAAUGGACUGGUAUGUAAAGGAAAAUGCAUCACCGAGCAGUGUUUUGUUGACCCCUCUCCUGUCCCUAGGCACUUAACCAAGACAAAAAGCCACAAGGAACAUCCCUUUUUCAAGAAUUUUAUAAUGUGCAUCUAUUCCGAGCCCUUAGCACCCAUCCUGAACAUAGUGUGACCAUAUCAAAGGGUGAGAACCAGUUAGCAUGUCGUUGAAAGGGUUUUUCAGCUGUUCUUUUUAGAAAAAAAAAAUAAUUAAAAAAAUACAAAAAAAAAAAAAA